AUUCGUCACCAUAGAAACCAUUUUCAACAACAAUUAAGCCGUUUCUGCUCGUUAGCUUGAUUUCUAUCCACCGGGUUUUGUUUGGUGUUUCUCCAGAUUUUAUCUUUGGACUGUUUUGGUUGGUUUUAUUUUAUUUGUUUUUUCUCUCCACCAUGAGCUGCGAUUACUACGAGACGCUAGAAAUAAACAGACACGCAACAGACGCGGAGAUUAAAAAGGCAUACCGACGCCUCGCGCUGAAGUUUCACCCGAGCAGAAAUGUAGAAGCUGGAAGCAGCGAGAGAUUCCUUCAGCUGGGGGAAGCCUAUGAUGUCCUGAGUGACCCUAGAAAAAAAGCAACCUAUGAUAAAUUUGGUGAGGUUGGACUCAGAGAUGGCAUCCCUUUAGAGUUGGCCAGUGGAGGAGCUUGGUCCUCCAGAUAUAUUUACCACGGCAACCCUGAGAAAACCUUCAGACAGUUCUUUGGAGACAACAACCCCUUUGCAGACUUUUACACUACAGAGUCCCACCUUGAGUUUGACUUCCUGCACACAGGAGUUGAGAAGACUCAAGAUUCUCCUAUAGAGAGAGAUCUUAACCUGUCGCUGGAUGAUCUCUUCCACGGAUGCAUAAAGAAGAUCAAGAUAUCUCGCAGGGUUAUGAACGAAGAUGGACAAACCUCCAGCAUCAAGGACAAGAUUCUGACUAUAGACGUAAAGCCUGGAUGGAGGGAAGGAACCAAGAUCAUUUUCCCUAGAGAAGGCGAUCAGGGACCAAACAGCAUUCCUGCAGAUAUUGUGUUCAUAGUGAGGGAGAAGAUUCAUCAUCUGUUCAAAAGACAGCACAACGACCUCAUCUAUAAGGCCAGGAUCUCUCUGGAGAUGCAGGCGUUGACCGGCUGUUCUGUGGAUGUGCAGACACUAGAUGGCAGGCUGCUCACCAUUCCUGUCAACGACAUCGUGCACCCUUCGUACAAAAAAGUGCUGAGUGGAGAGGGAAUGCCGCUGCCCAAGGAUCCUUCCCAGAGAGGAGACCUCAUCAUUGCCUUUGAUAUCUCAUUUCCAGAGAAGCUCUGCCCUGAAAACAAGCGUCUGAUCAAAAAAGCUCUAUGCAGCAGGAGCUGAAAGCAGUUUGAUUUAAUGUAAAAAGAGUGGAGUAAAAAAAGUUUUAUUAGGUUUGAGCUGAGAGAUAAAGGCAGCUGUGUUACAACAGCAGGAAUACUUCAGUUGUUAUAAUAAAGUUGUGCAGCUGUGAUUGGCUGCCAUCAAAGCCCGCUUUAGCUGCUCAUAUGUGACAAACAUCACCACGUUCCAGGAGCCCAGCCGUAAGAAUGAGGGCAUGAACCUAAACCAGGAGAAAACAGAAAAACAAGAUUAUUUCAUCACAUAAAGAACAGGAAAUCCCUCAGUUCAGUGAAACAGUGGAGAAACAUCAGAGGUGGGUAGAGAACAGAAACAUCUCAACUAAGAGAAGCAUUACUUCAGAUAUUUUCACUAACGCAACAUUAUAAGGAAGCCACCUACUAAAAAAAUUAAGU